CGUGAGCGAAGUCCAGCUGAUGCACGACCUGGGAGAACACCAGCAGGUCCAGGAGCGUCGGGAGUGGCUCCAGAUGAGCCUCCGAGGGAUCCACACGGCGGCGCUUCAGGACGGCAGCGGUGAGGUGACGGGUCGGAGGAGGAGGAGGCUCCGUCCUGAAGAUGUGCCUGAGCUGAGCGACCUGACGUCAGAGGAGAUCCAACACGCUUUGAGCUUCCUGGAGAAGCUCCUCAAGGCCAGUCCUGAUCCAGCUCCACAGCAGCAACGUUUCCAAGAGUAGAGUUUAUUUUCGACUGAAUUUUAGGCCACUUUCUAUUUUUCUACCUGUAGAUGUUAGAUUAGUGUAUUUUAAUGUUAUUUUAUUUUAUUUAUGAAGUUGAUAUUUAUGAAAAUAUGAGCCAGAGCUUCCCUCCAUUGCACUUUUAUUUAACAGGUGGUGUUAUAAACCACUUACUGAACUACUUACCUCCAACCUGAAGGAGAUGAAAA